GACCUCAGUCUGGGAAGUCAUGAUACCUCUGUUGAAGAUGUCCUCUGCACGAAUUGCAACCGUGCUUUUGAUGUUAUGCAGCUUUGCAGACACAGUUCACACGUUGGUUCAGGAUGACAUCAAUGACAUGGCGUCAAAUAUUCAAGUACGCUAUGACGUAGUCGAUAAUUUGAUUGACAGCUGGUUGAAAUACAAAGCACGCGUUACUCUUCAAAACAAAGGCUCCCGCUCAUUAAAGCAAGGACCAUGGGCUCUAUACUUUUGCAGUAUUCGAAUMGUGGAGCCAGAUCAUCUUCCCAACAAUCCCCACGGUUAUAUAAUCCCGGGAGGACCUGGGAUCAAAUUAACUCAUAUCAAUGGAUGCCUUCAUAAGAUGGAACCAACAACUGACUUCAAAGACUUGGCUCCAGACUCCUCCGUGAAGAUAGAAUUCAAAGUCAAAUAUUUCGCUGUUGCCAAGACUGACAUCAUGCCAAACUGGUAUUUCGGCGCCGARGGACUGGUGUCCAAAGCCGUUAAAAACACACAGGGGGAGGGGUUAGACUUUGUWGGGGAAUUUACAACAGAGCAUCAAUGGAGGCGCUAUACUGGUGAUAACUACCAUCCCCUCUCCCCUGGGGAACGGUUUGAUAGAAUUGAGGCUAGUGAUUUGGGAAAGGCUCCUUUGUUGUUGAUUCCAACUCCUUUGAAAAUAAGUGGAUGGGAAAAAGGGAAUAGAAUGAAAGUUAGCAACGAUAAAUGGAAGAUAACCGCUGACAAAGGCCUUGAAAACGAAGCUUCAUUCCUAGCAGUAAAAAUCCGAGCAACGACCGUGACCUCAUCACCACCACUGACUAAAGUUAUCAAAAUGGAACUCAAGGACCCUGACGUCAUAAUAGGUGGUUCUAAAACAACCAAUCAGGAGGCUUAUAGCCUUGUCGUUGAUGUGUCUGGUCAGACGAUAACGAUUCAUGGCAAUACCACGGCUGCGGUGUUUUAUGGUAUUCAAUCUUUAUUGGCAAUCAUUGAUGAUAAAGGAACAGUUCCCAAGGUGACAGUCAAAGAUGCCCCUAGAUACGCCUAUAGAGGAAUGCACCUGGACGUUGGUCGCAACUUCAAGACGAAAGACAAAGUUCUUCAAUUUCUUGAUAUGUUGGCUACUUAUAAGUUUAAUAAAUUUCACUUUCAUUUGUGUGAGGAUGAAGGCUGGAGGCUUCAGAUUAAAGGUCUCGAAGAACUAACAGAGGUUGGGUCCAAACGUUGCCACGACCUCAACGAAACAACUUACCCCCUGAAGGACUAGGUUCAAGGCAAUACUACACUCGCGAUGAAUACCAGCAAAUCUUGACAUACGCUAAGAAGAGGCACAUUCAAGUCAUCCCAGAGUUUGACAUGCCGGGCCAUAGUCACGCAGCUAUCAAAUCAAUGGAGGCCAGGUACCAUAAAUUGAAAUCACGUGACAUCAACGAAGCCAAAAAGUACUUAUUGACUGAACUCGACGAUCCCUCCAAGUACAUUACAGUGCAGUGGUUCACAGACGAUGCAACGAAUCCCUGUAUUGAAUCGACCUACAAUUUCGUAACCCACGUUGUUGACGCUUUAAUAGACAUGCACAAAAGUAUACAACCGCUGACCCUUUAUCACUUUGGAGGCGAUGAGGUGGCAGAGGGGGCCUGGAAAAACUCUAGCGCUUGUAAAGCAUUAGCGGGAAGAUUGGGUCUUGAUUUCUCCGCGCAUGACAUUGUUGAUAACUUGAAAGAUUACUUUGUUCAACGCGUAGCUAAUAUUACAUCGAGUAGAGGUCUGGAUUUAGGUGGAUGGGAAGACGGUUUGCUUGGGCCCAAUUACGUGCCUUACAGACGAGAGAGGAUACAAAACAGGAACGUGUAUGCUUACGCAUGGAGAGGCGGAGGAAGAAGGACUAAUAACUUAGCCAAUGCUGACUACAAGGUAAUUCUGUCCCAGGCCACGUACCUUUACUUCGAUCACCCUUACGAACCCGACCCUCAAGAGCGUGGAUACUACUGGGCAGCACGCUUCACUGAUACACGCAAAACAUUCAGCUUUCUUCCUGAAAAUCUUUACGCCAACGUGCGCGUGGAUAGAUGGGGAAAUCCGCUGACGCGMAAGGAGCUGUGCAAAGAACCAAACUCAUGUCCAGAGUUACAAAAGAAAAGCAAUAUAGUUGGUAUGGCAGGAGCUCUAUGGACCGAGACAGUGCGCACAGAUGACCAAAUGGACAGUAUGAUCUUCCCYAGACUUCUUGCUUUAAGCGAACGAGCAUGGCACAAAGCAUCAUGGGAAGAUAUUGCUAAUGAAGCUCAAAGAGAGAAAGAGAUGGUGAAGGACUGGGAAGAGUUUUCAAACUUUCUUGGGYACCAAGAGCUUUCUCGUCUGGAUAGAUUGGGCGUUAAGUACCGAGUACCAGUUCCAGGAGCAAAAAUGGAUGGAAAGCGGAUUGCUACUAAAACUUUGAUACCAGGCCUCGUUGUCCAGUACUCUAGGAAUGACGGGAAGACAUGGCAUAACGUCAGCAAGAAUACCGAACUCCAUGGUAACGUUAUCCUUGCCACAAGGUCAGCAGACGGGAGUCGGUUAAGCAGGUCUGUGAAGUUCAAAGGUCCUGUGGUUUCCAAAGGAAGAAUUUUGCCUUCCGUGCAUGGAAUUGUGGGAUUGCUAAGCUGGCUUCUUUUCUUUGCUUUUUAUUAGAGUUUUAUCUCUAUAUAAAGUGCUACAAUCCAGGACAAAAAGGUUGACAAUGAUUCAUCAUUCAACAAAGUUCAGGUACCUCUCAUUCCACCACCUCCCCUCACCCAAAAUUCUUCCACUCCCUCCCCUCCCCCCAAAAGUGUUUCUCGAAACCCAGCUUUGAGCGCCAUACAACUUCUGCGCAAUCCUCACAAAAUUUCCGAUUUUUUUGAAAAUUGUCAACUCUUUUUGUCCAAGAUUAUAGGUUACAAACCAACACAUUUUACCAAAGCAAUUGUCUUGAAACAUGAUUUCAAUGGGCAUUAGACACAAAGAAAAUAAGCUUGGGAUCGACAAGAUCAGACUAUACACAAGACCUCCAGUUCUUUACAUCUAUAAAAUAUAUACUUUUUUCGUUUUUCAAAUAAAAAACAACUAUAUUGUUGUGUAUGUAAUCUUAUGUGCACAUACACUUGCCUAUUCAUGAAUGCGGAUAGAGUCRUUUUCAUCUGACUGUGAAAUAGGAAUUGUAUUACUAUUACCCCCUAAUAGCUCCCAAUAACUUAACUUAUGRCAUGCGACAAACUAAUUAGGCAAAAACGGUUUUAAUUUUGCGUUUUGGUAGCCUAAUACACACUAAUAGUUACUGACUAGUAGUAAUUGUUUCACAGACGGAUGAACUGAUGACUCUAUAUAAAUACCACAAAAAUUCAGGUUCACUCAAUUAACUUAAUUGUUAAGUUUAGGGAAAUUAUCGAGUAAAAUAAAGGGUAAGGUAAUGCUU